CCGGCAACCGCAGCAAUAAGGACAAAAAUAUUAGACCUACGCGUAGCCACAGAUCUUCCGGAUACACAUUCGCUCCAGUUGAAAUCCCUUGCGCAGCAGAUCCGCCGGCCUCCUCCCAUCACUCCAUCAGCUACCUCUUUCAAUCGCAAGCCACCGCCGUCUCCGUCCAUCAGCAGCCUCCGCCUCCUCCAACAGGUUGCCGCCUCAUCCAUCCGCUAGCCGCCUGCUUCGCCCCUCUCAGCAGCGCACGGACUGUCAACGCCGCACUCCGCCGCACUCCGCCUCCCCCCUCCCAGUACAGCCGCUGUAAUAGCCUCCUCCUCUGCCAUAUUUUCUUAAUAGAGUGGAUGACUGUUAGUUUCAUGACAACAUUUGGGAGUCAUCUUCUCAUUGGUAGAAAUGACCAGUGUCUCUCUAAGCAGGUUUUCAAACUGCCCAAAUCUAAAGGAAAUCUCAUUAGAUUUUUUUAUGAAGGAGAGCAUCAAACCUGCAGUGGAGGAGCUCCUCUAGUCUCUAAGCAGAAAGUAUUUAAGAUCUUAGCUUUUAAAAGCAGUAGCCAAAAUGACUCUGGAUGCAGUAGAUUCAAUGCCAUGAAGAAAUCUGUGAAUAAGCUUUCUUAUGGAGCCCAUGGGAGUGAGGUAACCUCAGUGGAGUCUUUUAGGGCACAGAAUCUUCCUGUUUCAUACCCUUCUGGAAUAGUUGAGACAACAAUAGAUGACACUCUGGCUAUACAGAAACCUCUCAAACACUGGCUGUCAAUAUUGCGUACAACACCAUCAUCAGACCAAGCAAUCAGUGAAAUUGUUGAAGGACAAUCUUCAACACAAGCAGUUGAAGCCCAAAAGCUGGUCCAACAGAAGACGAAAAGAAGAAGUAUUUUACAAGCAGUUUGGAGCUAUUUUAUAGGCCUGCAUGCAACAAUAAAGAUAGGUUUAUUGAUCUUUAUGCCCUUUUAUCUGGCUGUUACCUCAGCUUAUGGAGCCGAAAUUUCAAAAGAGUUGAUGCCAUUAUGGAUUUUUGGACCAUUUAUCAUUUCUUUGUAUAUCAAGAUGAUCCGAGCCAUCUCUGCACUUUAUGUGUUUUGUUUCGCUCAGACAGUAAAAGUUGUAAAGAAUCUUCCGACAUGCUACUCAUUAGCUCGUGAAUACAUUUUUCAUGGGAAGCUCAAGGAAGAAAUCAGAGUACGCUUAUUGCAGCCCGUGGUCAGUAUUAAGAACACAGACUACAGAAAGGUGGUAAGGAGUAGGUUGAACGAUAUGAAGGUCAUUUUGGCAGAGAAGUAUCUCGACUUCACAGAAUUAAUAUGGCCGUUUUACUGCAGAAUGAUCCGGCUUUUGAAGCGGGCAAACCUUAUCUAGACUUGGUGAGUUUGAUGUUGACGAUAAAGAGGUAUGAAUGUUGAGGGAUAUUUUAUUUCACUUUUUUGUCUGUUUUUUGUAAUGUCAGGAAUUAAAGUUUCAGUUAGUUGGUUAGUUAUGGUGUAUUCAUUCAUCAGAUUCUGAUUAAGCUUAGGGGGCUGACAGUGAAGCUUCUUGUUGUACUAACCGUCAAAAGCUCCAACAGUUGAUCACUAGUUGUUUUCGGUUUCAUGAUUUUUCCAAAAUUUAUUUAGGUGUUGGGAGAGCCAAACUCUUCAUUGUUUGUUUGUGUGUGAUGCAUGGAUUCUUCUCAUCAAAUUAGUACCAUGUUUGAUACUUCCACCUGCA